AUGGCUCCAACAAAACAACAGCAGAAGGGGAAGGGCAGGGCGAGAGCGGCGCCAGAGUCUCUCGACUGGGAUAGGUACCUGGUUGAAGAGGAGACGGCACCACCUCGUCUCCCACAAUAUCUCCGCACACCUGCAGAGGCUCUCCUGGAUACAGACGAUUACAGGGCGUAUCAAGAGAGGCAGAGCAGAGGUGAGCAGGAGGAAGCUGCCGCGCCCCGGCGCACGUCAUCCGAGACGAGGGCCGCCGUUGGACAUGUCCGCGGUGGCGACGACGAAGACGCCGAUGAAUUGGUCUUCGUCAACAUUGGUGAGGCUGCUGCUGUUCCUGCCGGCCUAGGUCUAUGGCAUUGGCUUCAGGCAGAUGUGGACGGCAUUCGUGCAGCGGAACUAGGGUUCGACCAUCCUGCCCAGGUCGAGCAUGCCCGAAAUCAAAGCCUCUUUGCAAACGGUCUGGGUUUUGACGCUGGCCCGAUCACUUUGUGGUACCCGCGCAGGGAGCUCUUCAAUCCCCGUCACCAGCCUGAUGGCCCUGGGAGAUGGGCUUACCACACGCCGGCUGAUCAACAAACGGCGGACUUGAACAUGGGCGGGCAAGCGGAUGAUGCUGGUAGGUACGACUUUACCAAUGUACCACAUCCCACUGCCGCUCAGGUUUGGGCUGCUCGUCGACGAAGCGUAGAUGCUGGAGAGCCACCGAAUUUUCACCAGAGCCGGGAUGUCAACGUUGUCUGGGUUCCAGGCACUGAUGACCAAGAAGUUGGUGAGCAGGAGGCGGAGCAGCAGAUGAGCGAUGGAGAAGAUGGCGAGGUUGGCCGCGUUACUGCUGGCCAGAUCGAUCCCGUUUCUGGGGUUGUGCACGAUCCCCUGAACCGUGGCGAAAAUGACCAGACUGCGCCAGACGACGAUCUGGCAACCUACCACACUCGCGAAAUUGCUGGCAAGGUCUUCACGCUAGAUCGUAUGCGAGCUCACGCUGGGCCACCUACACCACGCCUUGCUUGGAUUCUCACCAAGAAAGGGGUGUGGCAGAAAUACAGCGGCUACGAGAAGGUUGACUGGACGAAAGAGACGUCAGUCGAGUCUCUGAACAAGUGGAAGGAGCAGGCUCUCAAUCGCAAUGGCUGGCCUUCGAAGCGCGGAGACCGCCCAACCUACCCGGACGACCAGCGCGAGUGGAUGCUGGAGUAUGUCAAGGGCAAAAAGCUCCCCUCUUCAUCCAUCGCUCUCCAUGAGCUCGCUGCUGCCUUUGACGAACGCUUCGAUUCGAAGCGACCCGUGACUGGGUUGUACGGACUCAUGACCCGCAUUCGAGGUGAGCUGGAUAAGUACGGCGGACUCCAGCCUGAUCGCUUGAGGAGAGGUGACAACCUCAGGCGUAAGCGAAGUGAGGAGGAGAGCGAGGGUGAGAGCAGCGCUGGUGAAGGACCAAGCAAGAAGGCGCGCAAGAAGGCGAAGAAGUGA